CGACGAGUAUACAAUUUUUUCUGUGUCAAUAUUAUUUUUUUUACUGCUGGCUGGAGGGACGCAAAAAAUCAGACGAAAAUCGCCCAAUCCCGCAGUGCCGCUCGCGAGUAACCCAAUAUGGACGUGGCGCGCACCUACUCGAUCCACAGCCUGUGCAGGAUUUGCCUGAAUCACCUGCAGAACGACGCCGACUUGUACGACCUGUAUCUGGUGCCAGGACUGGCCAAGAAGCUUUGCUUCUGCACCUCGCUGUCCGUGGAGCAGAACGAUGGCUUCCCCAAGAACCUGUGCACCCAGUGCUACUCGAAGCUCACCGAGCUGCACGAUUUCCAGCGCCUGUGCGUGGACUCGGUGCAAAAGUUUCAGGAUCUGGUGGCCAGCAACGCCUUCGCCUGCCAGAGCAACUUCGAUGUGCUCGAUCCCAGUGUGUCCGUGCACGACAUCCCCGGCGAGGAGGAGGAGAACAUCAACUAUGACCCGCUGCUGAACCACAAGAUGGAGCUGAUCGAGAACGAGGAGGAUGUGUUCAAGAUGCUGGAGCACGUGGACAAGGAGGCCGAGGAGGUGGAGAAUGGCACCCAGCAGGAGGAGGAGGACGACAAGGCCGGCGUUAGCCACAUCAAGAUGUUCAACGACGAGUCCUCCAUCGAGAGCGGCAACGACAACGACCGCGAUCUGGACUUUGAGCCGAAUAGCAGUGACGACGACAUUCCGCUGGCCCAGCGCCUGCGAGGACCUGGUCCUGGAUCAUCAUCCCAGCAGGCCCGCAAGCCCACAUACAUCAAGGCGACAGGCAAGCCGCGUGGCAGGCCCAAGAAGAUAAAGCCGCCGCCGGACGAUGAUGAGUUCACCAGCGAUUCGGACGACUCGGAUGACUCGGAGGAGGACAACCCCGACGGUACGCCCAGGGAGAAGCCGAAGAGGAAACGCAUUCCCGCUGACGAGCGUCACCUGCACCGCAUCAUCGACUGCCACAUCUGCCACCAGAAGUUCAAGAAGGCGAUCCGAUACGAGGAGCACAUGAAGUACCACAACGACCUGCUGCCCUUCCAGUGCAAGGUGGAGACCUGCAAGAAAGGCUUCACCACGGCUAAUGGCCUGCGCAUCCAUAUUGACCACGCCCACACCGAACUGUCGGAGGUGCACACUUGCACCGCCGAGGGCUGCGGCAAGACCUUCCCCCGAGUCCGCCUGCUCACCUUCCACAUGAAGAAGGUGCACGGCCUGACCAAGGCGGCGGCUCCGCUGCGCGACUUCCCCUGUACGGAAUGCGACACGGUCUUCCGGUGCCCCACGGCCCUCAAGAAGCACAUGUACAAGCACACGGGCGAGGAGCUGCCCUAUCCGUGCAACAUCUGCGGCAAGCGGUUCGUGAUCAACAGCGCUCUCAGGGAUCACCUGAUGCGGCAUGCGGGCAUCAAGAACCACGUCUGUCCCUACUGCGGCGUUGGAAAGACGACCCGGCAGGAGUGGAAUGCCCACAUCCUCACGCACACCAAGGAGAAGAAGUUCAAGUGCCGGCAGUGCGACCACGCCUCCCACAACAAGCAGGCCCUGUCCAACCACGUCAAGGUGGUGCAUGAGAAGAGGAAGGACUUUGCCUGCCAGUACUGCGGCAAGACCUUCGGGAAGUCCCAUGCCUGCAAGGUGCACGAGCGGAGCCACACGGGUGAGAAGUGCUGCGAGUGCAAGAUCUGCGGCAAGAUCUUCCUCUGCGAGAAGAGCCUCACGAAGCAUCUGAAGACGCACGAGAAGCGCGAUUUGCCGCCGGCGGAGCCGCUCCGCCAGCAACUAAACAUUCCCAUGCCAGGCCAGAUGGCGGGUCAAAUGCCUGGGCAGAUGCCAAUGCAGAUGCCUGGCCAGGGCGAUGGCCUGCUGCAGCAGCAGCAGCAGAUGCAGGCUCCCAAUCAGAUGCCCAGCGAUGACAUGCUCAAGGCUUGCGGCGGCGGGUCCGCUGCAGUGCCUCCUGCAAAGCCCAAGAACUCGCGUCGCGUACAGCGGGUGGAUAUUGCCCAGUUGGCGGGCACAGCCGUCAAUCCCAUACCCUCGGUCUCGGUGCCUUCGUGGUCGCCGCAGGUGAACUUCACCAAAAAGGAGGGCCAGCACAUCUGCCCCGGCUGUGGACGUGGCUUCAACAACAUUGGCAACAUGAAGCUUCACUACAAGAUCAUCCACGAGAAAGUCAAGGACUUUGCCUGCCGCUUCUGCCCCAAGCGGUUCUCCAAGGCGCAGAUCCUGCGCCACCACGAAUGGAUCCAUACGGGCGAGAAACCCUUUGAGUGCAAGAUCUGCGGCAAGCACUUCCGCCAGGAGACGGCCCUCAAGAAACACAUCAAGACGCACGAGAAGCCUAAUCGUCGGCAUGUGCCCGAGCGCAGUGCGCCCACCCAGAUCACAUUUAGGAAACUGGAUCCGGACGAGCCGCGGAACUUUGAUCAGUACCAGGAUCCGGCGGUGGAGCGGGCGGCGGCCACGGCCGAGCUGCUGGCUCACCAGCUGGAGGAGAACGAGGCCAGGCGGAAGGCGGACAUCGAGCGGCAGAAGAUAGCGGCCGCUGCCUGCGAGCAGCUGACGAAGCUGCAGCAGCAGCAGGACAUCAUCAAGGCCACCACCUCGUACGAUGGCUACUAUGCGCAAAAGGCCCAGGCCGAGGGCACCAGCGUCGAUGCCCUAAAGAUCGACCAUGUCUAAGGCCAGAGGCCUCAUCCAGGAAUUGGCUUUAUCUUAUCUCGUGCGACAUUUGUAUCCCCCACUUCUACGCAGCAGCUAUCACACUGUCCGGAAGGUCCUUAGGCAUGCCUCGAAUUGCUCUCUAGCUGGAUCAGAUUGUAGAUUCAUGGGGGGCCCUAAGCCCCCUUAAUUAAUUAAUCGCGUACAUAUUACAAUAUGAGCACUUACUUUAUACAUAAUAUUUUAUACUUUAUACCUUUUACCUUUAUACAUACAUGCAAUAUAUGUAUCCUGUGUUUUCCGUGUAAUGUCUCCCGUGCUUACUUAGAGUAAAGGAUUAAAAACAACAUAAA